CCUGGGUGUGCGCGCGCGUGCCAGGGGCCGCAGCUGGAAAGGAAACCGCCGGCCUCGCGGAGGAGGAGGAAGGAGCUUCCCCUGCGGCGUCAGCCCCCUGCCCACUUCCCGCUUCCCUCCCGCGGGCGCGGCUGGAGCGGCGGGCCCUGGGCAUGCCGGGCGCGGGUCUCCAGGGCGCGGCUGGCGGCAGCGGGAGCCAUCGCGCAGGCAGCUGGGAUUGCUCACCACCUGCAGCUUCGCUUCGGAGGCGGCGGCUGGCACGGAGGCCAGGCUACAUGAGAAGCACAGCUGGGCCCGGAAUCAGGUUCCCAGCAGUGGACACGCCAUUCCAGGAUCUGAGAGGGGUGGGCAGCAAGGAGCUCCACCACUCCGCAUCCAGGGCUGGACAAAGCAACCUUGGCCUGAGUAGCCAUGACCGGGAACCCCUGCUGGGGAGCUGUGUCCCUAACAGCUCCAAAACCCCUGCUGUGGCCUCUGUGGGCCACCGGAGCCUGGCCCAGACCUCUGCAGGAGGAAGCCCAAUGGGCUUUUGGAUUCAGCCCAGAGCUGGCACCGGAUUGCCUGCCAGGCUUGCCGGGCUGCGUGGCCCCGACGAUGCCUGGGGGCAGCAAGAGUCUUUAUCCAUGGACAGUUCUGCUGCCCCAGGCACCAGCCAGGACCCAACCCUGUGUGCAGGAGCAAGGGGCGCUGGGGCCUCCAGGGGGCAGGCGCCUUUGGAGGGGUGUGGUAGCAGCCGCAGUCUGGGCAGCGGCCCUGCAGCCCCCCACACCCUGCCUGGCUCCUGUGAGAGCUUUACCUCCAGCUUCAGCUUCAUCCGCCUCUCUCUUGGCUCUGCCGGGGAACGUGGGGAAGCAGAAGGCUGUCCGCCUUCUAGGGAGGCGGAGACCACUCAUCAGAGCCCCCAGGAAAUGGGAGUCAGAGCCACCAGCCCAGACAGGUCCCACGAGGACCCUCCUGGUCUCCCUCAGCCCUUCCGUCUCACGGCUGCCCAGGGCUUGGCAGACCUGGCCCAGGUGUUGGAGAAGAGCUCCGGGCCGGAGUGUGGUCUGCUUUCUUCCCUAAACAUGGACACUGGCUGCUCCUCUUCCCUGGAUCCCUCGCUGGCUGGCUGUGGCUGUGAUGAGGGCAGUGGCUCAGGGGACGUCCACGGCUGGGAUACCCUGCUCAAGAGAUGGGAGCCCGUGCUGCGGGACAGCCUGCUGAGCACCCAAAGGCAUCUGGAGGUGACCUCCUUAAGAGUAAAGCUUCAGAAACUUCAAGAAGCAGCAAUUGAGGAUGAUGAUUUUGACAAAGCUGAGGUGCUGAAACAGAGGUUAGAAGACCUGGAGCGAGAGUCAGGCGGGCUGCAGCUGGGGCUCCCCUCGAGGCAGCCGGCUCUGCACAGCUUCCUGGGCCACCUGGCGGUGCAGGCCCAGGCCAUCCUGCAGGUUGCUGCUCAGCAGGCCUGCAGCAAGGACACCCAAGCCCCACCUGGAGGAGAGCCGUGGCCACGGGAGCCCACAGCCCAGGACGGCCUGCGUGUGACUGCCGCGCGGCGGGACUGGCUGCUUGGGGAGCGGCAGCAGCUGCAGAAAGAAAUGGAAGCUCUUCAAACGAGGCUGUCUGUGCUGGAGGCCGAGGACCAGCGGCUGGGGCGGGAGCUGGAGGAGCAGGAGCAGCUGCUCCGGGGCCAGGGCUGUGGUGUGACGGAGCCCAUGGCCCGGCUGCCCCUGGGCCAGCUGCAGGCACUCGGCAAGGCCCUGCAGGACAUGCUGGCCGCAGCUGGUCAGCUGCACUUCCAGGCGGAGCCACUGGAAGACAUAACAAGCCUCCAGGAGAGGAUAAAAUCCCUCAACCUGUCACUUAAAGAAGUCACCACUGAGGUGUGCACAAGCGGGAGCCUCUGCAGCAGGCUGAGGAGGAGAGUCAGCCACCUGGAAACCCGACUGCCGGCCCUGCAUGAAGCCAAAGCGCUUGCCAUAUCAGGAGGCCAUUUCUGCACGGCCAAGGACCUGGCUGAGGAGAUCCGCUCCCUGGGCAGUGAGCGUGAGGAGCUGGAGGCGCUCCUGGGCAAGAUGCUGGGGCUGAGUUCCAGAAGCACCGGGAAGCUGGGACGCCUUCGUGAGGACCAGGACAGGCUGUGCCGGGAGCUGGCCUGCCAGGCUGCGGCCUACGAAGCGAGUGUGAAGGAGAAGACCGUGAAGUACAUGGAGGUGCUUGAGGGAAACCUGCGCAGCUGCGAGAAUCCGCUGCUCCAGAAGGUGUGGGUGGCUGACUUGGAGGCUUGCCGGCUCCUGCUGCAGAGUCUGAAGCUCCAGGAGGCAGUGGGCAGCCCAUGUGCAGAAGACAAGGGGCCGAGGGACGGCCUGAGCUGGGCCCAAUCCGAGGACCAGGGGAAGGCCCUGUGGCAGGCAUCACCCGAAUGGAGGGCUCACCACACCCCUGAGCUGCACUGCGCAGGAGAACAGAAAGAGGAAUCUUACAUCUUGUCUGCAGAACUUGAAGAACAAUGUGAAGCCAUAGGCAGGAAGCUGCUGGACUUGGAAGAUGCACUUCACACGGCCAUGCACAGUCACGACGGAGAGCUCAUUCAGUCCCUCAAGGGAGAGCUCCAGAUGGUGAAGGAAGCACUGCAGGCCAUGAUCCUGCCGCUCCAGACAGCCACGGAGGAGGCGGGAGGAGGAGAGGCAGCGGCCUCCUGCCCAGCAGCUGGUGUCCUGGAAGAACAGCCUGAGGGCAGGGGCCGGGAGGAGGUGGGCCACUCUGUCAUCAGGGUGGACUCAGGCUCCUGCUCCCGGGGCCUCACUGAUAUGCCUGGAACAGUCGUGGAGACGCAGAGCCUGGGGGUCUCCCAGCCGGGGGGGUGGUCGUCCAUUCUCAUGAGCUGAAUUGGGGCGUCUGCAAAUUGGAAUACUGGAGUGGGUUGCUGAUUUUCCUUCUGAAUGUCACUUAGAGGUUCACCUCCAUGACAUUUAUGGGUGUGUGCUGCACAGGAUUUGGAAAUGUCUUCAUCUCCACCCCCACUGGACAGGGGUUAGAGGGAAUUCUGGUGGAAGAGUGUCUGUUUCCCAGUUUCAACUUGGACUCUGCUGCAGUUAGAAUAUUUCAUGAUUUAAGAACCUGUGGAAAGGAAACCAGCACAGGCCUCAGGACAUCUGUCGCACUUCCCUCCACCUUAUCCCCGAGAGCCAGUCACCCCAGCCGGGCUUGGCUGGUCCUCCCCUCACUCCCUGGACUCCCCUCUCCCCAGAGAAUUGACCUGAGCUUCCAGGCUGGUGCUCUUCAAGGCACCAGCCUCAGCAACUGCAGCUUUGGGGGUUUUCCUGGCAAUGGGGGCACCUAUGGAGAGGAUGCCAGUCUGGACCUUUUGAAGUUCACCAUGGGGCAGGGACUGGGGCGGGGACGGGAACCAACCAGGAGAUGUGGGCCCUUUUGAGUCUCUCCUAUUUCCUGCCCAAUCUGUUUCCUUCUGUGAUGGGAGAAUCCGGCGUGGAACCCUCUGAGCAGGGCAGACCAGGCGGGAGACCAGUGCUCCACCCUCCACCGCAGGCCCCUGGGACUCCCGGGGCACCUGCAUCGCAUCCCACGUGCACCAAGAAAGGCGCUCCAGAGAAAGGCUCUGAGAACAAAGGUCUGUUUGGUCAAGAUGCCAGGCCUCACCCCUGUGUGGACAGGGCAGCACACCUGACGUGGGCCUGCGAGUGCCAGCAAGGAGCCCCUCAACUGUCUACCCUGAGCCUCCCACACUGAGUGCAUCUGUCCACCCCCCAAUAAACCCAGUUCCUUCCUCAGUCACGGGUGGUGCAGCUACGCUCUCUGGGGCCAUCCUGGUGUGAAUGUAGACUUGGGUCACGUGCACAUUGACUUGUGCAGAGCUCUGAGCCCCGUAGCCACCUGCCACGGACGGCAAGGUCAACCGAGCGACGACUGCUUCUGUGCAUCUCUUUUUUGUGUCGGGGACAGUGACCUUCCCGCCUUCACCAGGACCCAGGGACGCACAGCAAGUUUUGUCAUUUCCUGGCCACGCUGCCAUUUCUGUUUGCUAGCCUUUCCGUGCAUGGGCACCCUGGUCCUCAGGCAAGGAUAAGGCCCUGCUCUCACCAGCGACUAUCCUGGGCCCAGCAGCCAGGCAAAAGCACAGUCUGUGGACAAGCUUAUUGUGUGUCCUGCAGUUUUAUCCUGGGUGUUUUCAAAAGUAUAUUCUGCAUAUUUGAAUAAUAGGUGUAAUUAGUUUGUUCUUGGACUCAAUUUUCAAUAAUGGACCAAAUCCCUGAAUUAUUUAUAAUCGUGUCUCAAAAAGUAUCAUGAGCUAGUCACGUGGCACGGGGAUUCUUGAAUCCUUAACGUAUUCCAGUGAGGCAAAAUUGAAGAGUCAGGACUAGCCGUUUUGCCAGGAACAAAUUCCUACUUUGACAAGUUUUUUAAACAGCCUCCCGGGCUCAAGACACCUAACAGGCCCUGGCCUGGGUGUUUUGUGUCACUGACAGCCUGUGAAAUGCUUCUGUGAGAUUGCGAUGUAUUGGAAGAUUCCAGAAACUAAUAACUUCCUUGAGUGUGUCUCAAAUAAGGGCUCCUUGGUGCCUCGGGGAUGGGGUGUUCCCUCCUGGCUGAGGCUCUGGGCCAAGCCCAGAUGUCUGUGACCACGUACUGUGCCUGCGCUCCAGCUGCUGCUUGGUCCUGCAUUGUCACCCAGGAAAGCUGCUAGGGCCAGGUGCCCCCUCUGGCCAUACUACCUCCUCAUGGCAACCCCUCUCUGUCCAGCCACACCAAUCCCAGAAUACCUAGGACCCUGCAUCCCUAUCCACACUACAGGACGGGUUAUCUGAUUCCUUUUUAUUUUGUACUGGGGAUGGAACCCAGGGCUGCUCGUCCACUGAGCUACGUCACCAACUCUUUUUAUUUUUUAUUUUGAGACAGGGUCUUGCUUAGUGGCUGAGGCUGGCCUUGAGCUUGCCAUCCUGCUGCUUCAGCCUCCAGAGUAGCUGGGAUCACAGGUGUGCACCACUGUGCCCGGCUACAGAACAGGUUUUGACAGAGCAAUGUAAAAAUAGGCAAGGAAGGUUAGAACGUGGACUUAAAAGCAACUUAACAAAAGUGGAGAUAGCCGAGCCCACAGCAAGUGGCCUUCUGAUGGCUUAGAGCCUGAUUACAUUGGGACGUGUCACCAAGACGUAGCAGGAGAGAGGAAGUGACAUAUCUAUCACACUGCCACCUGCCGGCCCACUGCCCUCACAGGGCCUCCAGUUAGAGCACGUUCUCCAUCACAGUCAGGGUUCCUUCCAACAUCCUGGCAUUCCAGGGUUGAGUUGCCCCUUCCCCAGAUCAAGUGGAUGUGUCAUACUGGAAACGUCUUCCUCUAGGGCAAGCUGGGGUCCCCCCAGAAACACGCAUGGGCGGCUCCACGCUCAGCCACCCUCAUGGCAGCCUUGGGAGGACAUCUGAGGGUGACAGAGGCCCAGGAAGAUCCCCCCAACCCAAGCUGGAGGAGGAGGAGGGCUGAGAGCGAGGGGCCACCAGAGGCAGGCGCCUGCUCCCAGCUACGCCUUCCUGGUGCCGCACUGUCCCUGGGCACUGUGAGACUGGAACUUGUCUGUUCACCCAGUUAAAAGCACACUUGCACCCUGAGAAUCCUGACCAGAGAGUCAGAAACUGGAGGAGACAAACCAGCCUCGUGGGCCCAGGUGAGCCCCCCCAUGCAGUCAAGGUUUGGACAGGGUCAGCACCCAGAAGCCCAACUGGUCCUGACCCAGAGCACCCACCACCCAGGAACAGCCCCUGGCUGCCCGACACCAGCAGGUGUUCCUGACAACCCUCCCAGGACAGGGGUUCUCCAGAGAGCGUUGUGAGCCAACUGUGAAACCUACUGUGGAGGAAGCAGCCCAUGCCCUAUGGUCAGUGCCUCCCGUCUGCAUCCACCUUGUACAGCUGUCCAUGUCCUUGCCCUGUCUAAUCUGUGAACUUGGUCAUGUAGCUUAUUGCUCCUGUAAUUUUCCCUUUCAUUUCAUAAAAGUAGAACUGAUAUGUAAACCAGGGUGCUGCUCAGGGUUCUCGUCUUCUGCCCAAGGUUUUCAUCUUCUGCUGUGUAGACGACAGGAAAACACCAGGUUUAUUCAGCUCGUCUUUGGGUUACAGGGUGCUUAACUGCACUAUUCUUCUCAUCACACCAACCUUUGUAAUAAAGCCAUGCUUUAAAACUGGG